AUGGCUCCCCCCUCCAACCGCCCCGACCACCACAUCAACCUCAACUACAUCCCCCAGCUGCCCCAGCCCCCGCACUCGGGCUCCUCGUCGACUGGCAACACGUCGCCCGUCGAGCCGCCCAACAGCGGCUCCCUCCGCUUCUCGGGAAACACGUCGAACCCGCUCGGCGCCGCUGCCGCCAGCACCAGGCUGGGUGCUGGCUCCCCAUCGCAUGAAUAUGGCGGUAGACUAUUUUCCAAACGUGCACGCGAAAUCCAAGCACAGGAAGGCUUGAACCCACAGAUGUGGGGCCCUCCUACUAGUGGUAACUCGACGCCAUUGCGCGAGACGAUUCCAGAGUCUCCCAACAGCGAGAGCCUGAGCUUCCCCGAUUUCAACAACACCGUGCCCGACACCGCUUCAGCUGCGCCGUCUUCGGGUCGUCGUGCCCGCGCCGGUACCCUUCCCUCGCGCUUCUCUCCAUCCGCUGCUCCGCCGGGACUCAUGUCUGCCUCUUCGCUUCUCCCAAAGAGCUCGCGACCAACGCCUUCCACAAGUCCCUUCAAGCCGGGUCCAGGUACACCAACCGACACUUCAAGCUUCAGCGCUCUUGGGUCUACCAACGCUGCCGCCAAGUCGGCACUGCUCUCGCGCCUUCGUGCGGGCUCAAUGCCUCAACGACCAGGCUACCUCCCACCCUCGACCUCGCCUUUCGGCAACCCCAUCUUUUCCAAUGGGUGGUCAAACAGCCGUGACCGCAGCAGCACCCUCCAAAGCAUUGCCUCGGUGCCCUCGAAUGGACCGGGCUCGCCGAGAUCCUCAUUUUCUCGUGAUUCACUUGCCGAUACGGACGUCAAGACGCUUGACUACCUCGGCUUGGUCGAUACGCCUCAGCCCGCCCGGGCUACCCUGGCUCCGUCAGACAUUGAGCUCCUACUGGAAAGCCAGCGCAAUGCAAACAGCCAGAGUUCCAACAGCGCCAAUCGCUUCCGUUCGUACUCGGUCAAUGCAAAGGAAAAGUAUGCCGAGGACGAGGAGGAUCAGUAUGCCGCCUACAGUGGUGCCAUGACGCCUGCUGAAGCAAAUGCACUGCUGAUCCACGAAGCUGUCCGCCAGCACAACCUCGAAGUUCAGGCGUUUGCCAAUAUUGCUUCCAACGCACGCCCCAGAGCCCGAACUGCUGGUGUGCUUGAUGCUCCCUCGCGAGGCGGAAUGCGCCCCUAUCUGCCUGCCAUGGGACGCUUCGACAAUGGUAUGGGAUCUGGUGACAUGACAGAAGAUGCCGAGUACAACCUCACGGAGGCUGUCAAGAAGCUCCACUUGCCUGGCUCCAACUUGGGAGACGACGGAACUUUGGAGGGUCCUACUCGUUCGUUGUGGCUUGGCAACAUCCCCUCUUCCACCACUGUUUCGUCGCUUCAGGUCAUCUUUGCUCAGUAUGGCAACAUUGAGUCUACACGUGUUCUUACCCACAAGAACUGUGGUUUCGUUAACUACGAAAAUCUCGAGAGUGCUGUUCAGGCCAAGUCGACUCUGAACGGAAAGGAAAUCUUCCCUGGCGCUGGUCCUGUCCGCAUUGGCUAUGCCAAGAUCCCAAGUGCCGCAGCCACACCAGGUCACAAUGGUCUCUUCCCCUCGCCAAGCCCGGACCCACUCUCCAAGGGCCAGGCUGAAGGUGCGGCUGGUUCUGCAUCCACUGCUAAGAUUAACAGCGUUCCUGCAAGCGUGCCAUUGACCACACCAGAGCUUAGCGACAUCCGCAACGACAUCAUCCAGAUUGUGAAAGACCUGGGUGCUACCGAUGAAGAGCAGACGAGAAUUUCCACAAAGGUUGAGAAGGCUGUUCAGUUCAACAACUAUGUUGAUGAGAUUCCAUCGGUCGAGGAGCCAAGCCACACGCGCAUCCACGAUGCCCCCAGAUUGCGGGAGAUCCGCAAGCGCAUUGACAAUGGCUCGUGCUCAAAGGAAGACAUUGAGAACAUUGCCAUUGCCAUGCUUCCUGAGAUUGCUGAGCUAUCGUCCGACUACCUCGGCAACACAGUCGUGCAGAAGCUGUUCGAGUUCUGUGAAGAACCCACCAAGGAGGCCAUGCUCCGCGAGAUUGCUCCCCACCUUGCCAAGAUUGGUGUUCACAAGAACGGAACCUGGGCCGCUCAAAAGAUUAUCGAUGUCUCCAAGUCUGAAACGAUGCAGAAGAUGGUUGUUGAUGCUGUUCGACCCUAUGCCAUGGCUCUCUUCCUCGACCAGUUUGGCAACUAUGUCAUGCAGGGAUGCCUCAAGUACCAGCAGUUCAAUGAUUUCAUCUUUGAAGUGAUGCUCGGUAGGCUGUGGAACCUCGCCCAGGGCCGCUUCGGUGCUCGUGCUAUGCGUGCUUGCUUGGAGAGCCACUAUGCCACCAAGGAUCAACAGCGCAUGGUGGCUGCCGCGAUUGCUCUUCACAGCGUCCAGUUGGCGACCAACGCCAACGGUGCUCUGCUCCUGACCUGGUUUCUCGACACUUGCACAUUCCCAAGGAGACGUACCGUCCUGGCUCCUCGCCUGGUUCCGCACAUUGUCCACCUGUGUACCCACAAGGUCGCGUACCUGACCGUCCUCAAGAUCAUUAACCAACGCAACGAGCCAGAAGCCCGCGAUACGAUUCUGCAAGCGCUCUUCUUCUCACCAAACGACCAAGUGCUGGAAAGCAUCCUGGCUGAUCAGAACUGCGGGGCUACCUUGAUCUUCAAGGUCCUUACUACGCCUUUCUUCGACGAGCAGAUUCGUGCAGAUGUUGUGCAGAACGUGCGCAACGUGCUACUGCGCAUCAAGGCACAGCCACAGCAGGGCUACAAGCGACUCAUGGAUGAGGUCGGUCUGUCGACCCGCGGCGGACCUGGCCCACGUGACCAUUCCGCGACUCGGCCAGCAUCCAAGGACAGUGUUGCGUCGGGACCGCCAAACGCCGGCAAUUUCUACCAGGGCCCCGCCCCUGGCUUUGAUCCUGUAGCGCUCCAGCGCACGACAAGCAUGGAUUCCAACGGCUUUGACCAAUUCCCCAUGGGUGGGUACAUGCCGAACAUGCCGGGCAUGAACAACCAACAGCAAAUGCAAUACCAGCAGCUCUUGGCUCGACAGGGUCAGUUCUAUCCCCAGAUGAACGGCUUCCAGCCACCAGUUCCCGGCAUGGACGCCUACCGCAACGCCUCACCUGUUGCUGGUCCCGGCAGCUUCAACGGCUCUCCGAUGAUGCAGCCAGCCAACCUCGCUGGCCAAGGCAUGCCGGGCAUGUAUCCACCAUACGGCAUGUACAUGCCACCUCAGCACCAACAGGCCGCUGGCGGCAACCAGCGACGUGGCAGAGUAAGCAGAAAUGCCUCACCUGCAACGAGCAUCCGCCGUUAA